AUGAAAAUAGGGAAAAAGGAGAUUAUAGAAGAAUCAAAGAAACAACUAUGGUUAGCAGGGCCAAUGAUAUUUGUGUGUGUGUUUCAAAACAGCUUGCAAAUUAUAUCUCUCAUGUUUGUUGGACAUUUAGAUCAUGAGUUGCUUCUUGCUGGUGCUUCUUUGGCUAUUUCAUUUGUCAAUGUUACUGGCUUCAAUGUAUUGAUGGGUAUGUCAAGUGCACUAGACACAUUUUGUGGUCAAGCAUAUGGAGCUCAACAGUAUCAUAUGGUUGGAAUAUAUACACAAAGGGCAAUGUUGGCUACCACCAUUGUUAGUAUACCCUUAUCAUUUAUUUGGGCAUACUUAAAACCCAUUUUGAUAAUUUUACAUCAAGACAAAACUAUUGCAACACAAGCUCAACUAUUUGCUCGUUAUUCAAUUCCAAGUCUUUCUGCCAAUGGUCUUCUUCGAUGCAUUAUUAAAUUCCUACAGACACAAAACAUUGUUUUUCCUAUGGUGCUUGCUAAUGGAUUCAUUAGCUUAAUACAUGUUAUUUUAUGCUGGGUUUUGGUUAUAAAAUUUGGACUUGGUAUUAAAGGAGCUGCUAUUGCAAUUUGCAUCUCAAAUUGGCUUAAUGUGGUAAUAUUGGCACUUUACAUCAAGUUCUCAUCUUCAUUUAAAAGGACUUGGGUUGGUUUAUCAAUGGAAUCAUUGCACGACAUUCCUCAAUUUCUCAAACUUGCUCUACCUUCGACCGUCAUGGUUUGCUUAGAAUCAUGGACAUUUGAAAUAAUGGUGCUCCUUUCUGGUGCUCUUCCCAACCCAAAAUUGCAAACUUCAGUCCUUUCUAUAUGUAUUAAUGUAUCUGGUAUGUUUUGGAUGAUACCAUUUGGGGUCAGUGUUGCUGGAAGUACAAGAAUCUCGAACGAGCUUGGCGCUGGAUGUCCAAAUGCUGCUUAUUUAGCUGUUAUAGUAACCUUGUUCAUGGCAUUCACCUGUGGAAUUCUAGAGUUUUCUUUUAUUAUGUCUGCAUGGAAACUUUGGGGCAAGGCUUUUAGUAAUGUACAUGAAGUAGUCACAUAUGUUACUUCAAUGAUUCCGAUUGUCGCAACCUCUGCUUUUGUAGAUUCAUUUCAAACACCACUCCAAGGUGUUGCUAGAGGAUGCGGUUGGCAGAAGCUUGGUGCAUUUGUUAAUUUAGGAGCUUAUUAUCUUGUUGGCAUUCCUAUUUCUGUUGUAUUAGCUUUUGUCUUCAACAUGAAGGGACAAGGGUUACUUUUGGGGCUUUUAACAGCGCUUAUUGUUCAAGUGAUGUGUUUUCUUAUUGUCACAUUGCGCACCAACUGGGAGAAAGAAGCUAAUAAGGCUGCAAUAAGAGUUGCAGGCAGUGGAGUCCAAGUGAAUGCACUUUCACUUGACCAAAAUGCUGCUACUCCAUAG